AUGGGUCUCACUUCCCAUGCUCCAUGCAUGACACCAAGAGGCGAAUUCUUUGAACUGAGCAAGGGUCGCUAUGUUACAGACGUGGAAAAGAUGCUGUUUCAAAGCUUUCCAGUGCACCAGCUGGACUUGAAACCCCUCUCCCGAAGAGAGCUGGAAGACUUGGCAGGCAACAGCAUGAACAUCAGAGCCUGUGCAGCUGCCUGGCUGUGCCUCUUCUCCACGCUGGACCUGCAGAAAUGGAAUCAAGCAGGGAUCACAGCCGACACCACGGAUCCAUUGCUCCAUGAUACCUACUGA